CGCCGCUUGUCUCUAGUGCCAUUACAAAACGAACUCAACAAUCUCUUUUCAAGUUCGACCCGUUUGGUGUUUGCCGGUGGUUUAAUAUUACUAAAAAAAUCGGAAACAUCUAUUAUAAAAAAUGGCAGAUGAAUAUUUCUUCGCCCUAACACUCAAAGGAAAAAAUAGCGAGGUAUGGGAUCCAGAAGCAAAGGGAGCAGAAGACUACCAAGGAGGACACAAGCUCAUUAUUAAACAAGCGUUAUUGGGGCCCGAAGCCACCGAAGGCGAAAUAAACGUAGUCCAAGUAGAGGCAAUGACGUGGAAAGACUCGGUAAAAAUACCAGUAGCCACAUUGAAGGCAGGCGGUCCAAAUAACCAAGUAUUGUUAGAUCUCUCGUUUCCCGAUCCACCAGUCACAUUCUCUCUCAUCCAAGGUAGCGGGCCCGUUCACAUAAUCGGACACCAUUUAAUCGGUAGCCCGAUAGAGGAAUUUGAUGAAAUGGACGAAUUGGAAGAGGAAAUGUUUGACGAAGAAGGAGAAGAGGGCGCUGAGAGCGGUAAUAGAAAACGGAAAAUUUCAAAUGGAAAAGUAAAGGAGGAAGACGAAGAGGAAGAUGAACCAAAAACGAAAAAAGCAAAGUCGACUAACUCUAAGGGGAAGGCUCCGGUCAAAAAUAAUGCAAAAGCCGCUAAAAAGUAAAAUUAAUUACCUCGUUCUACUUUAAUUUUUUUAAAAAAAACUUAGUUCUUUUUUUUUAAUUCUUAUCAAUUUCUGAGUUGUUAAUGCGCAAACUGUAAUACAUAAUGAACUGAACCCUUUUUUUUAAUUGUUUACCUUAAGAAUUCUUUUUGUCAAUUUAAUUUUAUUCCACCGGGAUGAUUAAAUAUAAGUUUUUAGAUAUUUAGUACUGUCAGCCACUCGAUUUUGUUGUAAAUAAUACGAUAAUUCGCAGUCUAUUAAACCGAUUUUUGUAUUAAUGUAGUGUUUUUAUUAUUUUUAAUAAUGAAUAUAACUGAUAUAAGGGAAUUUUGUGAAGUUCAUUUUAGUUUUUAAUAAAAG